AUCAAGUUGUUAUUGUUUUUUCUAUGGAAAAGAAUGUAGCUCCAUAAAUUCAUAUGAUUUUUCCACUCAAGUCAAUCAGUAUUCUUCAUCGUUAAGACUGGAGGAGGAUUGAUUUCUUGUACAAAUUUCUUCAUUGUACCGAAAUUCUGUUAUAAUUUAAUGUAAAUAAAUAUCUUCAAAUAAUUUAGAACAUUCAAAUGUAAUAAGCAUACCAAAUGAAACUAUCAAUGGCAUUUUUAAUAUUACAUUAUUAUAUUAUUUAACUUUGCAUAAUGUCAUUCUUUCACUUAUGUUCACAUUCUAUUAAUUACUUGUAGAUUUUCAAAAAUUAUACUGUCUGAAUAUAAUGUACAAAUGGUUGUAAUAAAAUAUUCAUUUUUGCGGUUGUAACAUUAACAAUGUGUCAUUCAAUUUUGGUAUAAAAUUAUUAGUCAUAGUCAUGUGCUGAUGAGCUACUGGGAUAACAUAAACAGUAAAUAUAUUGCUACCAAUGCCGGCCUAGUUUUACUAAUAGGACAGGUGGCUGAUGCACUUGCUACUCCAUUUGUUGGCUUACAUUCAGACAUAGAAGAUAACUUUUGGCUGUGCCAAUAUGGAAAAAGGAAAACUUGGCAUCUAAUUGGAACUGUUUGCGUUCUUGGCACAUUUCCAUUUAUGUUUUCUCAGUGUCUUGGUUGUCAGAUGUCUCAUCAGUGGGCACAACUUGUAUAUUAUACAGUGUUUGUUUGUAUAUUCCAAUUUGGUUGGGCAGCAGUACAAAUAUCCCACCUGUCACUUAUUCCGGAACUUACAGCAUUAGAAAAAGAAAGAACAGCACUUAUAGCUAUAAGGUAUACUUUUACUGUAUUUUCAAAUGUGCUUGUCUAUUCGGUAACAUGGGCUGUGCUGCACAUUACAAGUAAAGAAUCAACAAAACAAAUAAAUCCUGAAGAUGCAUCGAAAUUUCAAAUGAUUGUACUCAUUGGGAUGUCUGUAGGUCUGUUGACGACCAUCCUAUUUCACAUGUUUAUAAAGGAAUAUAGCAGAAGCAGCAGAUUAUCUACAACUGGUGCUUCACGGGAACAGUCACAGAGACAACCAUCGAGCCCUGUUUCGAUAUUGAAAAACCGGGAAUUGUACAGACUAGCAUUAAUUUACAUGCCAAGUCGAUUGUUUGUAAAUUUGGUCCAAUCUUACGUACCGUUCUAUUUGCAAGAUACGUUGCACAUGGCGGCUACAUCGCUAGCGGUUAUACCGUUGAUAAUGUAUUUGAGUAGUUUCAAAGUAUCGUUUACAAUCCACUGCAUCAAUGCAAAAGUAGGAAGGCUGGUAUCCUAUACGAUUGGAGCUUCGAUGGGGCUCGGUGCUUGCGGAUGGAUAUACUUUGGAAAUGUGGAUAGAAUAGAGAGCCUUUUUAUUUAUCCAGUCUCCAUGCUGCUGGGUGGUGGAGGCUCGAUGAUGCUCGUGACCAGUCUUGCAAUAAUAGCAGAUUAUAUAGGCCAGAAUACAGAGAAUGGGGCCUUUAUUUAUGGUCUAAUGAGCUUUACGGACAAACUUUCUAACGGCAUAGCAGUUUUACUGAUUCAAUACAUGCGCUGCACGAAUGCACGCAGUUGCGAAUACUAUUACAAGGACAUCCUGGUAUUCGUGUGUGGCGGAUCUGCUAUGGUUGGCCUAAUGGUAACGUUUGGCAGCCGGGCGUGCCACCGAAGCCGUGUAACGUCGGUGAUUGAUUACGACCAUUUAGACUCGGAAGAGGCUGGUCGAUAGUCGACUUAAAUGCACGC